CGCCGCCUCUGGUCCUUCAGCGCUUCUACCGACACACACGAAAACCUAAAGCAUCACUUUUUUCUCCACCUGCCUGAGCACAGCUUUAAUGAAGAAGCAGACCUGCUAACAUUCUUGCAGACUGACCCUCUUCAACAAGUAUGGGGUCACAAUGGAAACCAUUUCUCCUUCUGUCUGUCAUCAGUGGCCUUUCAGACUUCACAAGAGCUGUUGCAGCACGGCCAAUAACAUAUGCAGCAGUAUUAAGAAUGAAAUCAGACAGAUCUUCAUCGCUGUUCGCCUCAAGCAGCAGACCUCGCCAGCAUCACAGCAUCGGGGUGGUGUCUCCUGACUGGCCUCCUUUCUCCAGUCACCACAUGUCAGCACUGAGUCUGUUCGACUCUCGGGAGGACAACAGGAGUGAAGAAAAUGAGGAGUUUGGGCCAGUUUUUUCCCAGGAGCCAGACGAUGUGAUUUUUCCUUUAGAGGCAGAAGACAAGAAAUUGGUGAUGCACUGUGAAGCACGUGGGAACCCUCCACCCACAUACAGGUGGUACAUCAAUGGUACAGAAGUGGAUACAGAGGCAGAUUAUCGCUACAGCAUCAUUGAUGGAAACUUUAUUAUUACCAAUGCAAGUGAGACCACUGACUUUGGGAGGUAUCAGUGCAAAGCUGAGAACAGCUUUGGGACCAUCCUAAGCCGAGAAGCUCUUUUGCAGUUUGCAUAUCUCCAUGCUUUCAGUGGGAAGACAAGAGGUGGAGUUUCUGUGCGUGAAGGUCAAGGUGUCGUCCUCAUGUGUGCUGCUCCUCCUCAUUCACCAGAGAUUAUAUAUAGCUGGGUGUUUAACGAGUUUCCGUCAUUUGUUGCUGAGGAUAGUCGCCGCUUCAUCUCUCAAGACACAGGAAACCUCUACAUCUCAAAGGUUCAGCCAUCUGAUGUGGGAAGUUACAUCUGUCUGGUGAAGAAUAUGGUGACAAACGCCAGAGUCCUAAGUCCACCAACACCUCUAACCCUGAAAACUGACGGCGUCAUGGGUGAAUACGAGCCCAAAAUUGAAGUGCAUUUCCCACUCUCUGUUCUGGCUACCAAAGGAGUCACUGUCAGACUGGAGUGCUUUGCUCUGGGGAAUCCAGUACCGACAAUCACGUGGAGGAAGAUCAAUGGGAACAUCCCCAAAACAGCACGACUUAGGAAGUCCCAGGCUAUACUUGAGAUUCCCAACAUCCAGCUGGAGGACUCUGGGACAUAUGAGUGCAAAGCUGAGAACCCCAGAGGAGGCACAGCUUUCAAAGGACAUCUUCAGGUCUACACUCUCCCAGAGUGGGCCAGAGUGAUUAAUGAUACUCAGAUGGACAGUGGAGAGAAGCUUCAAUGGGAGUGCAAGGCCACAGGGAGACCUCGGCCCAUCUAUCGCUGGCUUCGUAAUGGCUUGCCCUUGACGUCCCAGGGUCGAGUUGAAAUCGUGAAUGGAGAGCUGACUAUUCACAAAGUGCAGCAGUCUGAUUCAGGAAUGUACCAAUGUGUUGCUGAAAAUAAGUAUGGAGGCAUCUACUCCAAUGCUGAACUCAAGAUUUUAGCAUCGCCACCUGUCUUUGUUCGCAAUCCCGUACGAGUCAUCGCCACACUUGGAAAAGAUGUUUCACUUGAAUGUAAACCAAGAGCAUCGCCCAAGCCACGGAUAACAUGGAAGAGAGGAGACAGGCGCAUACUACCAAGUAAAAGGAUUAUGUUGUUACAGAACAACACUCUGAGAAUUGCUAACUCCACCCGGGCAGAUGAAGGGAGCUAUGUGUGCCAGGCAGAGAAUCAGUUGGGCUCAGCGGAGAUGACUGCCACGCUGUGGGUAAAAGAGGCCAUGCGUGUGGAGCUGAGCCCAGGCAGAGUGGAAGUGACUGUGGGGGAGAGCGUGGUGCUGAGCUGUAAGGCGACACAUGACACGUCUCUGGAUGUUGCUUUCCAGUGGCUCUUCAACCAGAAACCAAUUAAUUUUCAACAGGAUGGUGGUCACUUUGAAUACAUCCAAACUGUAACAGCGAGACAAUCUUCAACAGUAGAUCUGAUGAUUAGAAGCAUUUUGCUGAAGCAUGCUGGGAAGUAUGGCUGCCGGGCCCAGACCAGUGCUGACACAGUAUUUGCAGAGGCUGAGCUUCUCGUUCGAGGUCCCCCAGGAACCCCUGGAGUGGUGAUAGUAGAGGAGAUCACAGAUACCACAGCCACCCUGUCCUGGACUCGUGGGAUGGACAACCACAGCCCUAUCAGCACAUAUAAUUUACAAGCCCGCACCCCCUUUUCAUUGGGUUGGCAAACUGUCAAAACAGACCCGUACCCAGUGACGGGCGAUAUGGAAUCAGCUAUGGCUGUGGAGCUUAACCCCUGGGUGGAGUAUGAGUUCAGAGUCGUGGCCAGCAAUGCAAUUGGAACCGGAGAUCCUAGUGCACCCUCACGAAGAGUUAGGACAAAAGAAGCAGUCCCCUCAGUGGCUCCAGUGAAUGUCAGCGGAGGGAACGGACGCAGGCAUGAACUGGUAAUCUCAUGGGAGCCUGUAUCUGAGGAAUUCCAAAAUGGUGAAGGCUUUGGAUAUAUCGUAGCAUUUCGUGCCAACGGAACCCGAGGCUGGAAAGAGAAGAUGGUGACUUCUGCAGACUCCACAACAUACAAAUACAGAGAUGAGACCUUUCCUCCACUCACCCCGUUUGAAGUGAAGGUUGGCGUGUACAACAAUAAGGGAGAUGGGCCUUUCAGCAAAGUGGUCAUUAUCCAUUCUGCAGAAGGAGAGCCGAGGGAGGCACCAUCUGAUGUGAAGGCUUACAGCAUUUCAUCAUCAGAAAUAAGGGUCACCUGGAAACCACCCAACCCUGGUCCUGGAAGACCAAGAGGAUAUGAGGUCAGCUACUGGAAAGACACAGAGCAGGAAGAGUCUGGAAAAAAACAAAAGACUGUGAAAAAUGAAACAUCCAUGGUGGUGACAGGGUUAGAGGGCAGCAGUGUGUAUGUCAUUAAAGUGAAAGGCUUCAACAGCAUUGGCCAGGGUCCUGCCAGUGCAGAUGUCACUGUCAAGACCAGGAAAGCCCCUCCAGCACAGCCUCCAGGCAACCUCAUGUGGAUCCAAGAGGGCAAUAACGUGUCUUUAAGCUGGGAUCAAGUGAAGGCAAAAGACAAUGAAUCAGAUGUCAUCGGAUACAUGGUAUUACUCAGACAGGAGGGGAGAGGCCACAGCCAGGUGACACGAACCAUUAACCCUUCCACCAUGCUCUCACUGCCAGAAGGAGGCACCUACAUCAUUGAGGUGCGCACACUCAGCGAGGGAGGAGAAGGAGCAGUCAGUUCCCAAGUUCGAGUUGUCACCUCCUCUGGUGUUCGAGCAAAAAGCAACCAGUGUUCUGUGCACUGCAUGCCACAGAGCCUACGAUGGACCACAGCGCUUCUGGUUCUUCUGGUGCCUUCAGUUUCUUGGUGAGGCCACUGUGCCGACCUGAUCUCCACGGAGGGAGUCUCCAGUCUUCCGCUCCCUUCUUUCCUCAGACUGUCUGCUUGCUUUGGCCUUAAACUCAUCCAAAGGGCCUGAGACUUGCUGAGGGGGGGUUGUGUCUGCCAGUUCGAACACGACUCAUCACGCCUUUUAGUUCCCUGUUCCUUUGGAGGCUUCAGACAUCUGAUUUGCAGUUUUGUUUUUCACCAUCAUCACUGUCAUUUAGUACUGUUGUGUAAAUUGCGCGGAAAGAUUUGUUUAAUCUUUUACCGUCACAUGUCCUCCCAUUGACUGACACUUAACCACUUCCAGAUGGCUUGUGCAGCCCCAGGGCUCUACAGAGUGUGAAGAGUUUCUGAAAAGCUGCUGUGUUAGUAACACAGGAAUCAGCCGGCGUAUUGCUUUCCAUUUCUUAUCCGCUUCCAUUUACCCCCUUGGCUGCCUAACAAGCAACAUGACAGAAGCUCAGUAGAGAUAAGUGCAUUGUUUUUGUAUUCACACAUUGUGGGGAUUAAAAAAGUUUUUUUUUUUUUAAUGGAACUGAGAAUCUCUUACAAUUUCCAGACUUGCUUUUUGUACAAUGUGUUACCUUUAGAAUAAAACACAGUGAUGUGUGUCAGCUAUGUCAGUUUUUCAGUUGUUUUGGUAGCAGUAAAGCAGCUUGGUGACACGUGGACUGCUGGAUGUGUGGAUGUAGGACAGUGGUACUUCGCUGUAGUACCCAAACAAUUCAGUAGACUAAAAGACAACUCUGUACGGAUUCUUGGUAUCAGUACAAAUAAAUGUGUUGUAUAUUUGUACAAAAA